CGGCGCAUUCCAACGUGUCUCUCCAGUCUUACAACUUCAUUAGACUGGGUGAGAGUGGGUUUGGCAAACCAAAUAACCCAACAAGGGCGAUAUUUAUCAUUAUUAUUUAGGUUUUAUUGAACAAUUCUGAUACCAAAAAAAGUUAGUUUUUUUUACGUGGACUGUAUGUUGCCUUUUUAUUUUGUCAACGUGGGUUUCAACGUGUUGAAAUACCACCGAAAACGUAGGCUAUGAGAAGAGAGCAAUACGAAAAUUCAUAAUUAAGCAGCGGUGACCGGCAGGUGUAAAAUCUAUGGCUCGAUGCAGACGUCAAACCUUUCUGUGGCUGUGCCUGUGCCUUCCCUUUAUGCUGUCGGGACUCUUCUUCGUCUACGUCACCUUCACGGUCUGCCAGGCCAUGUCGCAGUCCCACCACCACGGCGGCCUUGCCUCCGCGACUCACUUCGUUGCCCCCGGGGCGUUCAACUCCGGGGCGCUGGCGUCCCGCCCGGUCGGGCCCUUCUGGGACCUCCGGCCCGACCGAGGCGCGUUCUGGAACGGGCUUCAGCUGCUGUCGGACCGCAAGCGCAACCCCAUCCUGAGAGGGGCGCGGGCCCUGGCGCCGGACGCGGAGGAGGAGGAGGGGGACGCGCCCCCGCGGGCCGGCGCCGCCUGCGGGCGGGACCGGGGCUUGAUUUCACGCCGGGCGGAUUUCAAGACCUGGCCCGAGCAGGUGCAGGAGUUCGCCCUGUCCAUGCACUGCCGAGAGUACCCGCUGCUGCGGAACCAGCCCCACGUCUGCGGCAUCGACGGCCAGGAGGCGCCCACGCUGCUGAUGGCCAUUAAAUCCCAGGAGGGGAACUUCGAGAGCAGGCAGGCGAUCCGGCAGACCUGGGGGCGGGACGGGUGGGUGACGGGGCUGAGCGGGAGGGGGGGGGUGGUGCGCCGCGUCUUCCUCCUGGGCAGGCAGGACGCCUCGGCGGGGCCCUACGCGGACGUGGCGGACCUCCUGGAGCGGGAGAAGGCCGGGUUCCGGGACAUCCUCCAGUGGGACUUCCAGGACACGUUCUUCAACCUGACGCUGAAGGACGUGCUGUUCUGGCGCUGGUUCUCCCGCCACUGCCCGCGCGCCCGCUUCGUCUUCAAGGGCGACGACGACGUCUUCGUGCGGACCCCGGCUCUCCUCGACACGCUCGGUCAGGCGGAGCGGGAGAUGAGGCCGGGGACCAAGUGGAAAAUGCGGGAUUUCGUCGUCGGCGACGUGAUCAGGAACGCCCUCCCGCUGAAGGAAACCACGAACAAGUACUACAUCCCCGAAACCUUCUACAAGGGGGCUUACCCUCCGUAUGCAGGCGGGGGAGGGGUAGUGUACUCGGGGGCCCUGGCUCUGCGUCUGGAACGGGUCUCCAAGAGAGUGCACCUGUUCCCCAUCGACGACGUGUACCUGGGCAUGUGUCUUCAGCGGCUGAGGGUCUACCCCAUUCACCAUUACGGCUUCCUGACCUUUGACUUCCCGCGUGGUGAGGCAAAGAAGCCCUGUGCCUACCACACGAUCCUGCUGGUUCACAAAAGGACCCCCAAGGAAAUUCUUAAACUCUGGCUGGGACAGAAACUGGCACAUCCAGAGUGCGCCAACAAAACAUUGGGUUUCACUCAGGCCCCCACUCGAGCUAAACUAGAUCCGGUGACCAGUGAUCUGGGACCCCUCAAAGACACAAUUUCCCUCCUAUUUUUACUUAACUUCUAACUUGAAUCUACCUUUACCGUUACCGCUAACAUAUGGCUAAUUUUCAUCAGAACAGUUUCAGCUAUGGAUCAUUCAUUGUAUUAUGUGUGUAUGUGAACAGCAAGGAAAGACAUAAAAAUAAAUGUAAAACAUACAUUGGA